CACGAGUGAAAAGACUGCAUUGCCAAGCAAAGAUUCUUCAAGAGGUUUUGAAGUCAUUGAGAAUGCAAAAUCUCAAGUAGAGAAGAUAUGCCCUGGUGUUGUAUCCUGUGCAGAUAUCGUUGCUGUUGCUGCAAGGGAUGCAACUGCAUAUGUCAGUAACCCAAUUUAAAUAUAUAUCUUCUCAAUUUAAAAAACCCAAGAACCAUAAUUUAUAUCUAUUGAAAAAACCCAAGAACCAUCCUAUACUGUGAUGCUCGGAAGAAGGGAUUCAACUACUGCAAGCAGAACUCUAGCCAACAAGGAACUUCCUAGUUUUAGAGACGGUUUGGACAAACUUAUUACCCGCUAUCAGAAAAAGGGACUCAAUGCUAGGGACCUGGUUGCUCUGUCAGGUGCUCACACUCUGGGACAAGCUCAAUGUGCUGCUUUUCGAGAUAGGAUAUACAGCAAUCGCAGCGACAUUGAUGCUGGAUUCGCUAGCACUCGCCGUCGUCGUUGUACUGCUGUUGGUGCUGAUGGAAAUUUGGCUCCAUUUGAUCUCGUCACACCCAAAUCUUUCGACAGCAAUUACUUCAAGAAUUUGAUCCAAAAGAAAGGCCUUAUUGAAUCAGAUCAAGUUCUUUUCAGUGGAGGUUCCACAGAUAGUAUUGUCAAAGAAUACAGCAAAAAUCCUGCAGCUUUCAACUCAGAUUUUGCUUCUGCCAUGAUCAAGAUGGGAAAUAUUAAGCCUCUCUCUGGAUCUAAAGGACAAAUCAGGAGAAUCUGCUGUGCUGUCAACAAGUAGUUUUUGUGAUGCUUCAUUUUGAAACUUGUUCAAAUUUUCUUUUUCCUAUCUUGAAUUUCAUUGAUGCGUAAUUAUUUGGUUGCUCUCAUUAGGGCAUAUUCUGCUCUUUUUUCAUAAAUUUGUCAUUCUUUGUAUUUCAUCAAGUGU